AUGACAGACCAACCCCACAAGGACAAAUCGGAAGAGAGGUCGGAAGAGAGGUCGGACGAUAGUUCUAGACCAUCGUUCGAACAGAUUGCCGUAGGACCUACGGUGACGAAAGUUGUCUUGGACGAUGCAAAGCUGGACGGAGCUAUCGUGCGCACUGGAGAUGAUGAUUUGGACAAUUCGGCCAAUCCCUUUGCGGAUCCCCAGGUUCGAGACUACUUCAUUGGUGUCUAUGAGGAAGCAAAAUACGAGUGUCGACAUAUCUUCGACGCGGCUGCUACAUGGACAGAAGAAGAGGAGCGGAAGAUUGUUAGGAGACUCGACUGGCAUGUUUGCUUAUGGGCAUGUAUCAUGUUCUUCAGUCUACAGAUUGAUCGUGGAAAUCUUAGUCAAGCCGUUUCGGGAACUUUCUUAACGGAUCUUCACCUUAAUACAAACGAUUACAAUCUUGGAAAUAUCGUGUUUAAGGUGUCGUUCCUCUUGGCCGAGUUACCCUCUCAAUUAAUCUCAAAAAAGUUUGGCCCAGACCGCUGGAUUCCUACCCAAAUGGUUUUAUGGUCCAUCGUCGCUAUGGCACAAGCGGGGCUUCAAGGCAAACCCGAAUUUCUUGCAACUCGUUCUCUGCUUGGAAUGCUUGAGGGCGGCUUUAUUCCGGAUCUGGUACUUUGGCUCUCCUACUUCUACACCAGCCGGGAGCUCCCUAUCAGGUUGAGUUUCUUCUGGACAGCCUUGAGCAUCACGGGUAUCAUUGCUUCGCUGCUUGCCUAUGGAAUCUUCCAUCUCGAAGGCCACCAUGGUCUUGCAGGCUGGAGGUGGAUCUUCUUAAUUGAAGGAGCGAUGACACUUGCUAUUGGCAUUGUGUCUUUCUUCUUAAUGCCGGCAUCUGCGGCCCAGACUAAGACGUGGUUUCGACCUAAGGGAUGGUUUACUGAUCGCGAACUUACCAUAGUAGUGAACAGAGUGCUACGAGACGAUCCCCGCAAAGGAGAUAUGCAUAAUCGACAGGCAAUUACCCCAAGUCGACUAUGGUCUGCACUGAAAGAUUAUGAUCUCUGGCCGCUUUAUAUGAUCGGCCUUAUCUGCUAUGUUCCAGCAGCGCCACCUGCUGCCUAUCUUACGCAAAUUCUUCGGAAUCUUGGGUUCAGCACGUUCAACACCAACCUUCUUACCAUCCCAUCUUCAGUGACUCAUAUGAUCACUCUUCUGAGCGUUACCUGGUUAAGCGAAAGAAUUAAUCAACGCGCUUAUCUCGCCAUGCUACAGGAUGUAUGGACCCUUCCUUGCAUCAUUGCUCUCAGAUUUUGGCCUGGUCUUAUGAAACAACAAUGGGCAACAUAUGGUCUACUUGUGACGUUGCUAAGCUAUCCAUAUUGCCAUGCUAUUAACGUGGCCUGGGUGUCGAGGAACUCGAACAACGUUGCCUCUCGUAGCGUAUCUGCCGCACUAUUCAAUAUGAAUGUCCAACUUGGCGGCAUCAUCUCGUCGAACAUCUAUCGUGACGAUGACAAGCCGUUGUAUAGGCGAGGCAACCAAGUCUUGAUUGGAAUCAACGUACUGAGCAUAUGUCUGUUUCUCUUCGCAAAAGUAUACUACGUCACGAAGAAUAAAAUUCGUGAUCGCAAAUGGAAUGCGAUGACUCCUGAGGAGCGCAUUGACUACACAUACAAUACUACGGAUACUGCAAGUCGACGACUCGACUUCCGAUUUGCACAUUGAGACUCAACGUCUGAUAUAUCGAACUCACUUGUCCGCAUGAAAGCGCCAGCCCGUGCAGCAAAGUGGAACUACAGACUGUCUGACAAGAACUCGAUUAACCUUACCCGUAGGAAUCAACGUCAUUCAUUGGUUCCAAACGAUAUCGCUUUGAUCACCAUCUCCUGUUGAUGUCGAAACAUUUCUUGAAAAAAUCCCUUCAUAUCAUAGCGAUGCUUCCUCUCCUGGAUAGACAUUACAAUACAUCUGUGGUUCCAAAGCAGGGGCUUAUCUACAGGAUAGUUCCUAUUAUUGAACAUACCAAC